AUGGCCACCCGCACCCGCCGUACGCAAAACGAAGAAGAGGAUGCUGCUGCUUUGAAACUCGGGUCCGAAUUCAACAAUGCGGGCUGUCUUCUCAUUUCCGAGGUAAAAUACCUGCUUGAACAUAGGGAAAAGGAUUCUCCCGAUACGGCGGUGUAUAAUAAAACACUCGAUUAUGUCAAGACGUUUACCAAGUUCAAUACCAACGAGUCGUCGAGUGCUGUUCGAGAGGUACUGCGCCGAGAACCCAACCUGACGCAAUUCGAGACUGCGCAGAUUGCGAAUCUGUGUCCGGCAGAUGUGGAAGAGGCGAGGAAUAUUAUUCCGAGUCUGGUCAAGAUUGACGAAGACCGACUUCAGACGCUCUUGGAUGAAGUCCAGGCGCUGCGCAGGUUCCAGACAUGA